AAGAGUCGUCUAGAAGCCCACAACUAUUAAUGGCCCAAAUUUGACACGCAAAUGACGCAAUUCCUUACGUAAGCCCACCAACUGCUAUAUAAAUACUUUUUCUGUCUACCAAGGUUAGAUUAGAUUAGGGUUCUUAUUCGCAGCAGCAUCAACGAAACAAUGGGCAGAAGACCUGCAAGGUGUUAUCGUCAGAUCAAGAACAAGCCCUAUCCAAAAUCUCGCUACUGCCGUGGUGUUCCUGAUCCUAAAAUUAGGAUCUAUGAUGUCGGCAUGAAGAAGAAGGGAGUUGAUGAGUUUCCCUUCUGUGUUCAUUUGGUUAGUUGGGAGAAAGAAAAUGUCUCAAGUGAAGCACUUGAAGCAGCCCGUAUUGCUUGCAACAAGUACAUGACUAAAUUCGCUGGAAAAGAUGCUUUCCACUUGAGGGUUAGGGUUCAUCCCUUCCAUGUGCUACGUAUUAACAAGAUGUUGUCAUGUGCCGGAGCUGAUAGGCUCCAGACUGGUAUGAGGGGGGCGUUUGGCAAACCUCAAGGUGUUUGUGCUCGUGUAAGCAUUGGUCAAGUUUUGCUUUCAGUUCGUUGCAAAGAUACCAACAGCCCACAUGCUCAAGAGGCUCUGCGUCGUGCUAAAUUUAAGUUUCCAGGCCGUCAAAAGAUUAUCGUCUCCAGGAAGUGGGGAUUCACCAAGUUCAGCCGUACUGAUUAUUUGCAGUGGAAAUCUGAAAAUCGUAUUGUCUCUGAUGGUGUUAACGCCAAGCUUCUUGGAUGCCAUGGACCCCUUGCCAACCGUCAGCCUGGAAGAGCGUUUCUCGAUGCAGUUGCUUAAGUGGGGAAGACGUAUUUGCAGCAAUCAACACUUGACUUGUUACUGUAACGACCUUUAUCAUGUUUUGUUUACUUCAAAGAAAGAACAAUGUUUGUGAUUUUAUUUUGAAUUUAAAUGGUUACUUAAUCUCAAGCUUUUGUUCAUUGAGAUCGUUAUUGUCAUA